AUGCGCCCCUGUACCGCCUCCUCAUGCUGCUGCCAGGCCCGUAAUCUGCCAUGGGCCCCCCGUACCAACUCCUCAUGCUGCUGCCAGGCCCGUAAAUCUGUCAUGGGCCCCUGUACCGCCUCCUCAUGCUGCUGCCAGGUCCAGAGUGUGUCAUGGGUCCCUGUACGGCCUCCCAUUGCUGCUGUCUCCAUCGCCACACUCUGCCAUGUGCCACUUUCAGGUCUCCUCACACACUGCUGGUGGUUUCCAUUUUUGUCAUAGGGUGCUGUAUGGCCUCCCAUUGCUGCUGCCUCCACCGCCACACUGUGGCUCCACACUCUGGUUUUUGGCCCCGUGACUGUCCAAAUGAGUGAAGUGUGCGGUGAUUCUAAGAUCGACGGCACUCAUCUGCAUGUCAUACUGACUGACAGUAUUAUUUCUCUUCCCCAGCAGACUCCAAGGGCAUUUAAAUUAAAGGUACAGUGUUCUGCACUAAUAUAA